ACCCUGGCCAUGUUGAUCAACUCCAGGCAUCUUUCAACGACUUCGACGACAACGCUGUCGCGGUAUUGUUACUCAUGAAUGUGGGUGCCUGAUUGACGUGCGAAAAGGACAACUACUGCUAGAACACGCCGCUAUGUCGGUGGAAAUCUGGCCACAUGUUGCGCCCGACCAGCUUAAAAUCGCUGUCGAGACAGCUCAGAAACGCGAACUCGACUGGCUAGUCGACGACCUCCGCGAGACGCUGAGCAACCUCAAGCAUGGACUCGAGGACUGCUAUGCGCUGCUUGCGCCGAUAGAUCCCGGAAGCACGCUCGUCCUCAGCACGCCCAGAAACGAGAUUGUCAAGGGUCACAUCACCCGUGUGGGAACACGCAUCGUCAAAGGGACAAUACACCUCCGCCUGCGCACCCUGCCUCACCAAACGUUGACCAUCAACCCGGACCACCCGAUCCACCUCGGUCCUCUGACCUCUCUCCACGCUCUUCUAACGCACUCCAUCGACCUCCUCACCCUCACCCUCUCCUACUCAUACCCCUCCGAACCAACAACUGGCCCAUCACCAUCAAGCCAGCCGAAGGGUUCCACCUCAGCCCAAUUCCUCGCCGCCCAACUCCGCCUCCUCUCCCAAUCCCUCACCGAAGCCAACUCCCUCCUCAAAGGCUCACCACUCGCAACAACCCCGGACCCAUCAUGGACGACCCGCUCCGCCGCACCCUCACACUUCCUCCCACCCCUCACCCAACCGCACCCUUCCUCCCCACACCCAGCGCUAAGCUUCCACCUGAGCAUGCAAGACAGCUGCCUAGUACUAUGGCUUCGUACACUCGAACCGGCCGACGCGCCCGUGCAUUUCGGCACCAAGCUUGCGCUGGCGAUCGGCACGGCGCGGCGGAUCGAACAUGAUGAGUGCGAGAGGGUGUUUGGAUACUGCUGUGAUGAUGGAGACCAUAAUAAUAACCACGACGGCGGGGGCGGGGCCGCGGGGAGUCCCUCCGGUUCCAAACCAGUCCCGCUAUCCGGAUCACGCAAGAGACAAGUGGACGUGUACGUGCGGGAAAAAGUGCGCGUCGAAACCGCCGAUCCGAGUUUACUCUCCCUCUCGGCCAAGCUGACGGCUUUGGGCCAUACUCUUGCUCUGGCGAGAAGGAAUCUGGCGGCUGUUAUGGGUGAGAAAUUUGAAGAGGAAGAAGAAGAAGAAAAGGAGGUGGAGGUGGAGGUGGAGGAGGAGGAUAAGGUUGAGCGGCAGGCGACGACGCGGGAUUAUUAGAGAUCGGACCGUGACCGACGAGGCCGUGGCCGGGGACAUGGAAGGGG